GUUACCUCUGCCUUUCACAACUCGCCUAGUAGUUCUCUUCUCGCAAAGUCGCCCAAUUCAAUCAACCUAUCGCAAACACGAUGUCAAACGUUUUCUUCUACGAGCCUUUCUACGACUUUGACCGCUUCUUUGACGAAGCCUUCAACUUCCGCAACUUCCGUUCGGGCGAGACGGGGACUCAACUCCAGCGCCGCCAGUCUGCGACGAACGGGGAUGGAGCCAUCCGCUAUUUCAAGCCAAGGAUGGACUUACAUGAAGACAAAGAGAAGAACCUCGUAACUGCGACCUUCGAGCUACCCGGUCUCAAGAAGGAGGAUAUCUCGAUCGACGUCCAGAAUGGCCGCUUGACCGUGUCCGCCGAGAGCAAGUCGUCCUCCGAGCACAACGAGAACGGGUACGCAGUCCGUGAGCGAAGAUUUGGCAAGUUCUCGAGGACUUUGCAGUUGCCUGAAGGUCUGAAGGAUGACACCAUCAAGGCAUCGAUGCAAGAUGGAGUAUUGACUGUUACUUUCCCUAAAACGAGCCCUGAGCUCGCGCCCAAGAAGAUCGCCAUCAACUAAGCGAUCGAUGACUCUGGUUGUUGGUGUUGAAUGACUUUGACGAAACAUUACGACCUCAUUGCUAGCAUUCUCAUGGACUUUCACUCAUUUGUAACACCAGCAACUCUACUGCACUGCAUUUUGCUACUUAAUGUUGGUAGUAGGAGAGUAAUUGAUAGUAUCGUUUGUUCCUUC